GCUAUUCAGUCUGAGUUCUUGUUUUUGUUCAACAUUUUAAGUUUUCGUGUUUGCUGUUGAAUUUGGGUAUUAUGCCACCCCCAAGACCAAAGGGGAUAGGAUUUACUACAGGGGUCACACCAGCUAGACCCAGCUCAAAUACCCCCAUGUCGGAGAGACAACAAAUGGCUUUAUUAAUCCAAAUGACAGCAACGUCCUCAACAGAGACAACUCGAACGCAUUCAAAGAAAAAUGAUAAAAAGGGUGAUGCAGAUGUUGAAGAAGUCAGUGCUACGGAAAAGCAGAUAGAAGUUAUUGAUACCAAGGAGAAGCCAUCAACAGAGGAAUCUACUACGGAUGGUAAAAAUGCUGAACAAAAUAUAGCGCAAAGCGUCACAAGCACAAAGCGCAGCUAUUCGGAUGUUGAGGAAGACCCUGAAGAGCAUGGGGACGACUUAAAGAAGAAGAAACGAAAAGAUUUGGAUAAUACAAAAGAUUUAAAAACUACCUCUCUUAAAGUAUCUUCUAAGCUGGAGAAAAACUCGAAGCUAGCAUCUACAAAAAACUCGCCUUCAGGUAGUAAAAUAAGCACGACAGUUGUUGAUAAAGAGCUGGAAGCAACCAAGACUGUUGACAUUGAAAAUGAAACGGAGGGCAGUGAGGACUAUAAGAGCAAUGAUAGCUCAUAUAAUGGUGCCUUAAAAGUGCCACCAUUGAAAAUUGUAAUUCCCCAGCAGAAUUGCUCGAUUGACACAGAUGGUAAUGUUUUACGAACUGGCAAAGUAGCAGCAUCCCGAAAUGCAGCCUUGCCUUAUGUUGUCAGUUCUAAUAGUGACUCGAUUGAUACUGUAUUGUCAAACCAAUGUCUGAGUCCACAUGAAAGUCCACAGAAAGUCAAUAUUGCCUGCUCAACAAUUCUUGAUGAUAAGAAUAUCAAAUUGUUUAACGAUGAAAAAAAUCUAAGGGUCCUGCGCAGCUCUUAUCGAAGUGGUGUUACCAGCGCUGAACGCAGCUCUAACAACUCCUCCCCGCAAAUGCAAAGCAGCUCGCCAUCACCAGCGUCGUCGAACCAUGCCAAUGACAAUGCUGAUAUCAAGGGAUCUUACACCAAUAUGACGGCGAGUCCCAUACAACAUAAUCAAUUCGAUCACGAAGUUUUACCAAAUGUGCCGAGCCCUUCAACUUCAUCAACGUCAUCGUCUAAAGAAAUAAUCUCAUCUUCAAAUGUUGACCUGCAUCCGCGGAAGCGUAAAAUAAGGCCCAAAAAUAAUGAUGAUAACUCGAAAAAUUCUCAUGCUGAUACAUCUAUGGCUUCCGGAGAAUCUCAUCCACAUGAUUAUCCCUUUACCAAUGGAUUUCAGAUGUUUUUAAAUAUUCGAAGGCAAGUGGAAAGGAAAUGGAAGAAUCUGUAUCCCGUUAAGCCCAGGCCACCACAGGGCUAUAAUGAUUAUCUCCUUACCAAACGUACUUAUCUGUUAAAUAAGAAUGUAACUACGCCGGAAAUAGAAGUACCGGACGACAUUCCUGAGAGCAUGCGAAGCUUGUAUCGGCAGCAAGAAAAAGCCAGGCGAGACUUGACCGAAGAGCACAUAGUAGAACGAGAAAAACUAUGUUUAAGCGUUGAACAAGAAAUUAUCCGAGUACAUUCAAAAGCUGCAAGGAGUAUCUCUGGGCAAUGUGCGCCAUAUUCCGUUUGCACAUUUCUUAAAGAUGAUGAAAUCUAUAAUAUGAUUACCCCGGAGCAAGAUGAAAAGGAGAAGAGUGCACGCUGUCGUUUUAAUGGCCGAUUGUUGCUCAGCUGGUUACAAGAUGUGGACGACAAGUGGGAAAAGAUUAAGGAAUCUAUGAUUUUGCGGCAGCAUAAUGAAGCGGAAAGUCUUCAUGCAAUACAAGUAAUGGAUUGGAAUAUAGCUUUGAAGCGAAACAAAUUGUAUGAUUAUAUAUUUGAGGCCAGUUUAGACAAGGCUCACGUACCUAUCGUUUAUGUUGGGGAAGAUUUUGAUAUUUUACCAGCAUAAAACUGUUUGGUUAUUCAAAUUUAUUUGCAAAGUGAAUCUUAAAAUAUGUAAAUAUUUAAAUUCAUACACUAACUAAUACAAUAGCUCCAAACAUUUUACAAAGUUGCCCGAGUCAAAGUAAAAAGCAAUCAUUUGAUGUAUAAAUUUUGUUUUUGCAUUUUCGGAGAUUCCGCUGUUUGGAAGACUAAUGUAUAAAUAAAGUGCUCUGUCUACAUUUUCU